GACAUUGACAUACCAUACCUCGAACCUUGAUUUGUAUUUAUUUUCGAAUGCAAAAAUAUUAGCUGUAGAUAUAGAAACAUGUUAGAAGUACAACCAAAUAUAUAUUCUAUCGGAAACUAGGUUUUUAAUUACUUUUCACAUAUAAUAUUGAUGUUUAAUCAAGAAAACAAUGUUUCGCCGUUUUUAUCAUGUUUCAAUGCUUUUAUACAAUUUCAAAAAGCAAGGAGUUAAACUUUCUAAAAUGAUUAACCCUAAAAGUAAAAAGCAGUGGUACCCAUCUCAAACUAUAGACACGAUUCCAAUGCCUAGUGUUAAAAGCCUAACAAAAAUAAAAUAUGAACCUGGUAAAAGGGGGGUGCGAAGAGUGGCUGUGUUAAAUAAAAUAUUUAUGAAAUAUAUAACAGAUAUUAUGUCUACUGGUACAAUAGCAAUGAACAUUGUUGGAAAAGGCAUUGAAAUAUCAAAGGUAAGAGUGACUCCAGAUUUCCUAACAGUUAAUGUUUUUUGGGUAUGCAAAGGUGACUCUACAGAUGAAGAAACAGAGAGCUUGCUUAACAAUGUAGCAGGGACACUACGCCAUGAGUUGUCUACUCUCAGAGUUAUGGGGGAAGUGCCAUAUAUUGUAUUUGUUAAAGACAGACAAGAGGCGCAAAUAGCGGACCUGCAACGCCGAUUAGCUAAAGCAGACUACGGCGAGGACUACACUCCUACUGAAAUUGGUCAUUUGCUGAAAACUGAGUUCACUUUAGACACGAAGCUGUCUCCCGAAAUGAAGGCGAAAAUCUCCCAACUAGAAGAUGAUCUCCCCAUUUCAGAAGAUCCGAUACCUGAAAUGACGCACAAUGUAUAUGGUUUGGAUCAUGCGGCGAUUAUGAGUAGACUUCUAGCUGCAAGAAGAAAGAAUCCUCCAAAACAAACUGCGCAAACAGAAACGUGACUCCCGAGAAUGGGUGGAAGCUAAUGAACAGUACGCCGACGAUGUAAGUGACGAAUACCAAGAACUUGAGGAUGAACAUUACGAAGAUUACGACGACCCGUACUACGUACAUGAAAUUCAAUUCCCUAACAAUGGAAAACCUAAUUCAAAGUGAUUACGUUAGACAUGACGGAAGGCACAGAAACUACAUCGGCCCCAGCGCCAGAGAAGACUCCCACUGAAAAUGGAACUACUGAAACUCCUCCUGAGGAGACACCAGAAAAGGCCACAGAAGAGAAAGAAAAAGAGAGCCCACCGCCCAAGGAGAUGCGUGCUGUCGUUCUUACUGGUUUCGGUGGACUCAAAACUGUUAAGAUUCUUAAAAAACCCGAGCCAGCGGUGGGCGAAGGCGAGGUCCUUAUCCGCGUUAAAGCCUGUGGGUUAAACUUCCAAGACUUAAUUGUACGUCAAGGUGCUAUCGAUUCCCCGCCCAAGACACCUUUCAUCCUUGGUUUCGAAUGCGCCGGUGAGAUCGAACAAGUUGGCGAGGGUGUCACCAAUUUCAAGGUCGGCGAUCAAGUCGUGGCACUGCCGGAGUACAGGGCUUGGGCUGAGCUGGUUUCCGUCCCAGCUCAGUACGUUUACGCGUUGCCUGAGGGCAUGACCGCCCUGGAUGCCGUGGCCGUCACCACUAACUACGUGGUCGCGUAUCUGCUGCUGUUUGAGAUGGCCAACCUGACUCCGGGCAAGAGUCUACUUGUGCAUUCUGCCGGUGGCGGUGUGGGUCAAGCCGUUGCCCAGCUUGCGAAGACAGUGGAGAACGUGACUGUCUUCGGGGUGUGCUCAAAGUCAAAACACGAAGCGCUGAAGGCUAACAAUAAUAACAUCGAUCACCUCCUUGAGAGGGGCAGCGAUUACACCAACGAAGUCAGAAAGAUUUCACCUGACGGUGUCGACAUUGUGCUGGAUUGCCUCUGCGGCGAGGAAUGCAACCGCGGUUAUCAGCUCAUGAAACCCAUGGGCCGAUACAUUCUAUAUGGAUCAUCCAACAUCGUGACCGGCGAGACCAAGAGUUUCUUUAGCGCAGCGCGUGCCUGGUGGCAAGUUGACAAGGUGUCGCCUAUCAAGCUGUUCGACGAGAACAAGAGCCUGGCGGGAUUGAACCUGCGGCAUCUACUGUUCCAACACGGGCGCGCCGAUUACGUCCGUCGUGCUGUUGACAAUGUGUUCGCGCUGUGGAGGCAGGGCAAGGUGAAGCCCCUCGUCGACUCCACUUGGGCCCUUGAGGACGUUGGCGAAGCUAUGCAGAAGAUGCACGACCGCAAGAACAUCGGCAAACUCGUGCUCGACCCGUCUCUGGAGCCCAAACCGAAGCCCGCAACUCCCGCGAAGGGCAAGGCCGGAAAGGAGAAGAAGCCAGCCAAAGAGAGCUCCGAGGAAAAGAAGGAUAAGGAGACGAAAGAAGAAGAGAAGAAGCCAGCAGAGAACGGUGAAAAGAAUGAAUCAAAGGAGAAAGAGAAGGAGAAGGAAAAGGAGUCUAGCUGAAUUGUUUCUCCAGACGACUAAACCGACGAACCACCGCCGAUACAUUAUUUUAGAGUUGACUUGAAGCUGAUGUUUACUGACGCGUCGCAUCGCCACUGCUUGUACACCGGCGCCGCGGCCGAACUAUUACUGAGUUGCCUCUUGUUUUUAUUAUGUUAAAACUAAAAUUAAUAAGUCUGAAUACUGCCCUGUACGAUCCUCUUAUAGUUUACUAAUCUACAUAUAGGAUCAGGAUCGCACAGGACUGAUAAGUAAUUCUUAAAUUAGUUUAGUUUAUAUCCAUCUGUCAUCACAUUGUUUUUAUUUUAAGGAUAAUAAAUUAUAACCCUGUGUUAACAUACUUCGAUUAUAUUCGACAUAGGACAGCGAAUUAAGAAUUUUUAUCCUCAUUACGGUUUAAUUUUUACUUUAAUCUGGCCUAAGUUAGUAAUUGUUUGGAAACUCAAGUCUUUUAUCGUUUAAUGUUUAAGACCUUAUGUUAAGAUGAGAUAUUUUAAUCAGCAGUUAUUUUGAAUGGCUAUUAUAUAUCUAAGGUGCAGAGAUGCUUAAUGUUUAUGUAUGUUAAGCUUUAAUAUUUUAUUAGUAAAUGUUUAUAAUUUGGCCCAUGAGACCCGAUCCGCCGCUCGGGCGCACCUCACUCACACUCGCCGCACCGCUCUAUUGAACAAUUCAUCAUUAAAAACCUUACGUGUGAUAUUUUGUAGUAGGUACGCUAAAUUUUCAUGACGCCAUUACAUGACAUUCUUAUUUUAUUUUUAUUAAGCUUAAAAUGCAAUUUAGUAUUUUUGAAUUUAUAUUUUUAUACUUAGAUGUUUUGUAAAUUAUUUUAUAGUUAAGAAAGUUUAUCUGGUUUUUAUUUAUGCACCAGUCAUUGUGUGGUAUUGAAUUUGACGUCCAUCUUAGCUCCACGUUUAGCUAAAGCAUCCAUAGAAGGGGUUAUAGGAAGAGCUAAUCGGAAUAAAGUAGAUUUUGAAGGUUUUCGAUGGCAACCUAAUAAUUCGUGUAAAAUUCAAUGUAACAAAUGGCACCUAAGAUAUAAGUCAUAUUUUUGUAAACCAAAUGACCAUGAUGAGAUCUCUUAUUAUAGAAGCUUUCUUAUGUAAUUUAUACACAAAUACCCACAUAUCUAAUCAUAAAUACACUUUCACACAUUUUAUAUUAGGAUAAUAUUUUGAUAACAAUAUUCACUGCAUUUCUUUUUGAUAUAACUAGCAUAUAUUUAACUAUUCCUGAUUUCUUUGAUAAGAUGUAAGUAAAACUUUAUUCGCCAUAAUGUACAGUAUGGUUGUAGUUGUGUACCCAGUACUAUAACGAUUUAUCUGUAACAACAUAUCAUGCGGAUAUAAAAUUAUAACUGAGAGGCUGAAUUACGUAGACCGGAACUGCCGAAGUAUAACAAGGCUUUAGAAGUUCGCAUUAACACGUUCUGCUCAAAUAACAAUAAACCUGCCAUAAUAUAGCGUUGACGCAUCGUAUGUUCGAUACAAUGGAUGACUGUUUCAUUUAACAAACUUAGGAUUUUUAUAUGGACUUUUACCCCCUUUUUGAACUUUAUUGCACGAGCAUAGUUUGCGUUAGCGCAUUUUAUAAUCCGAUUCGCAUUAUGGUAGCUGCGUGGGGUUCCUCCUUGUAGGGACGGCUGAGCUGCAGGCGUUGGUUGUGAGCACUUUGGGCGCAAGUGCGUCCAACGUCCAUACUAGAAUGGACGGGUUCAGUAGCUUUUGUAUUGUAAUGAAGCGGCGAGCAAGCCGCAAUGCUGCUUCGUUUUUCGUACGGUGGCUUGGUGCUAGUUUCGUAUUGUACGCGAAUACAAAUCGCUUCAGUGUCUCGGACCAAAAUCUUUAAGCUACUUUAUUCUUCUCAUUAGUAAUAUUCGUCGCUUUAUGUGUCAAAUAUAUGCGAAUUUCUUGUAAUGUAAACGUAUAUUAUUAAUUGAAUUUUGUGUAUAUUGACCUGUAUAAUGGUUUAGAAUUAUCUGAAUUUUCGUCUAUAAGAAUUACCGAUGACAUUCAAUAGUUUAAACGAGAUGGGGUGACCGCGCCGUUUGUGAUUGUGCCCAAAAUUUGUUGUAGGUUAGUGUCGAUGUGAUGCCAAUAUUUAUUAUCCUUGGUAAAGUUCCAGUGAUUGAUGAACCCGCGCGGUCACGCCAGCUGAUUUAAAUAGGCUGGGUCUUUAUUGUAUUUCACAUUUAUUUUUAUAAGGGCGGGCCAGUGUGAUAUCGAUACUAUGAAAUGGAUAAAUAAAUAUGUAUGAUCUG